AUGGACACUUUCUCCCAUGUUCCCCCAGGUUUCCGGUUUCAUCCGACUGACGAGGAGCUCGUCGAUUACUACCUGAGGAAGAAGGUGGCAUCGAAGAAGAUCGACCUUGACGUUAUUAAAGACGUCGAUCUGUACAAAAUCGAGCCAUGGGAUCUCCAAGACAAGUGCAAGAUUGGUAUGGAGGAGCAGAGCGACUGGUACUUCUUCAGCCACAAGGACAAGAAGUACCCGACGGGCACCCGCACCAACAGGGCAACAGGCGCCGGGUUCUGGAAGGCGACGGGGAGGGACAAGCCCAUCUACAUCAACAACUGCCUGGUCGGGAUGAGGAAGACACUCGUCUUCUACAAGGGCCGUGCGCCCAACGGCCAGAAGUCCGACUGGAUCAUGCACGAGUACCGCCUCGAGACGAAUGAGAACGGAGUCACACCCGAGGAAGGAUGGGUGGUCUGCCGGGUGUUCAAGAAGCGAGUGGCAAUGGUGAGAAGGAUGUCAGACAUUAGCUCACCUUGUUGGUUCGACGACAAUGGCACUGGCGGUGUGUUCAUGCCGGACCUUGAUUCACCGAGGCAACUAGGGUACCAGCACCACCAUUCCCAAAACUCAGCGGCGUACCACAGCCAGCAGCUGUACCACUGCAAGCCGGAGCUGGAGUACCACCACCUCCUGCUGCAGGAGGCCUUCCUGCAGCAGCUUCCUCACCUGGAAAGCCCCAAACCCCCAGCCUACAUCGGCCAUGGCAGCAGCAGCCUCCUGUCGCCGAACAGCAGUCUCUUUGUGCACGGUGGAGCAUCCAGGUCCACCGGGCAGCAACAGCCGAUGGAUCAAGCACUUUACAUGGCUGCCCCAGAUGGCGACACAUCAGCCACGGAUUGGAGGCUUCUCGACAAGUUUGUGGCGUCCCAGCUGUUCAACCAUGGCGAUACCAAUCAGAAGGACUCGGCCAGUUACUCCAAUCCAGCGGUGCAGGUGUUUCAGGCUGAGAACAAGCAUGAGGAGGACUUGGAUUACGCUUCCACGACUGCUGGCUCCAGCAGAGGCGAGGUGCAUCUGUGGAAAUAGCUUCCAAACACAAAACACUCAAUUGGAUACCAUAUACAAUUUAUACCACCCAGAUCUGAUCUAGUGUACAAAUAUAGCCGACCAUAUAUGUCAUGAUUUAUCAUGGUAUAUAUGCAUACAUAUACAUAAUAAAUAUAUAACCGAAGUGGUUAUGUAUUGUAUAUUAUUUGACAUCAGGUCUCCGGCCUGAUUUUAAUAAGGUAGCUGAAAGCCGAAGCCAAGGGGCUUCAGUGACUGACUUGACCAUUUUGUAAAAAUAGUCAAGCUGUUGAUGGACGUCUAUUUUGUCUAGUCCAUCAGUCAAAACGGCAGCUAUGGUCGCUGCAAAUGCCGAUGCAUCAACAAUGUUUAUCAACUCUACAGAU